AUGUCUCCUCCUGCUGCCAUGUACGAAAGGCCCGCUGCCGUUGACGGCAACGGCAUUGCCAAAGACCUGAGUCUGAAGAAGGACCUUUCUGUCAAGGAUGCUACUGCUGCUGUUGCUGGCAGCCAGGCCAAGACUGUUGCUGACCUCGAGAACAACUGGGACAAAUUCACCUUUGCCCCCAUCCGCGAGUCGCAAGUCUCUCGUGCCAUGACCCGCCGCUACUUCAAUGACCUCGACGCCUAUGCCGAGUCUGACGUGGUCAUUGUUGGUGCUGGCUCAUGUGGUCUCUCCACUGCCUUCACGCUCGCCACCAAGCGCCCCGAUCUCAAGAUUGCCAUUGUCGAGGCUGGCGUUGCUCCUGGUGGAGGAGCUUGGCUCGGUGGCCAGCUCUUCAGUGCCAUGGUCAUGCGCAAGCCUGCUGAGCUCUUCUUGAACGAGCUUGGUGUGUCAUACGAGGACGAGGGCGACUUUGUCGUGGUCAAGCAUGCUGCCCUCUUCACGUCCACCUUGUUGUCCAAGGUCCUGCAGUUUCCCAACGUCAAGCUGUUCAAUGCUACAACUGUUGAGGACCUCAUCACUCGUCCUGCACCUACCGCCAAUGACCCCAAUGCAGUUCGCAUCGCCGGUGUAGUCACCAACUGGACGCUCGUCUCCAUGCAUCACGACGACCAGUCUUGCAUGGAUCCCAACACCAUCAAUGCCCCACUUGUUAUUUCCACGACGGGUCACGAUGGCCCCUUUGGUGCCUUCUCCGUUAAGCGCCUUGUCUCGAUGCAGCAACUCGAGAAGCUUGGCGGCAUGCGUGGAUUGGAUAUGCGCACCGCCGAGGAUGCCAUUGUCAAGCGCACCCGUGAGAUUGUGCCUGGCCUGAUUGUUGGUGGCAUGGAAUUAAGUGAGGUUGAUGGCGCCAAUCGGAUGGGCCCUACCUUUGGUGCCAUGGCUCUCAGCGGAGUCAAGGCUGCUGAAGAGGCCAUCAAUGUGUGGGAGGCAAGGCAGGCUCAGAACCUCGAGUCUUAG